ACUUCCGCUCUGUGAUGUUUAUUGUGAAAAGCUACGGCCGUCCCCCGCGGUUAGCUGGAGCUUCGGUGCACAGACAUGGCUGGUCGGGCUCGCGUCGUUCAGCUGCUCAGGCAGCUCGAGCGCGUUACCUGCAGAUGUCCUGCUCACUCCAACACCUUCUACCAAGGUGUUGGAGCACUGAGCAGUACUGACAGGAAGACGGAGUACGCUUUUGAGAUGGCGAGUUCCAACAUACGAUAUGGAGCUGGAGUCAGUAGAGAGAUCGUCAUGGACCUGCAGAACCUUGGAGCUCAGAACGUCUGUCUGAUGACAGACAGUAAUGUGUCUUGCCUCCCUCCUGUCAAGGCUGUCCUGGAGUCUCUGUUAAAGAACAGAGUCAAGUUCCAGGUGUAUGACUCUGUCCGGGUAGAGCCCACAGAUGCUAGCUUCAAACAAGCCAUCUCAUUCGCUAAGAGCAACACGUUUGAUGUAUUUGUGGCCAUUGGUGGUGGAUCAGUGAUGGACACCUGUAAAGUGGCCAACCUGUACUCCUGCCACCCUGAUGCUGACUUCCUAGACUUUGUUAACACUCCAAUAGGAAAAGGCAUUCCAGUGACCAAGCCACUGAAGCCACUCAUUGCAGUUCCUACGACUGCUGGUACUGGCAGCGAGACCACUGGAGUUGCCAUCUUUGACUAUGAACCUUUAAAAACCAAAACAGGUAUUGCCAGCCGAGCCAUCAAACCCUCACUGGGCAUUGUGGACCCGACCUACACACUGAGCAUGCCUGAGCGGGUGGCGGCAAACACGGGCUUUGAUGUACUUUGUCAUGCUUUGGAGUCGUACACUGCCCUGCCUUACAACCAAAGGGUGCCCUGCCCCACCAACCCCAUCUACCGUCCCCCUUACCAGGGUAGCAACCCCAUCAGUGAUGUCUGGUCCCGCCACGCUCUCCACAUAGUCGCUAAGUACAUGAAACGGUAUAGAAGAACCCUGACCCUUACCCUUAACUUGUUCUUCAGAACUGCCUCUGCUAGACCACUGAUUGCAUGUCACCGAGCUUCUGAGUUGGUUUUGAUUGAUCACAGAGCUGUGUGGGACCCAGAGGACCUGGAGGCUCGAUCCAACAUGCAUCUGGCAAGUGUGUUUGCUGGGAUCGGCUUUGGAAAUGCAGGAGUCCAUCUGUGUCAUGGGAUGUCAUACCCCAUAGCAGGAAAUGUGAAGACUCACUCAGCCAGGGGCUACAACGUGGACCACCCUCUAGUGCCUCAUGGACUCUCAGUUGUCCUCACGUCUCCAGCUGUCUUCUCCUUCAUUGCACCAAUGUGUCCGGAGCGCCACCUGGAGGCAGCAGAGAUCCUCGGUGCAGAUGUUCGUCAGGUAAAAAGGCAGGAUGCUGGCGCCAUUCUGGCCGAUACAUUGCGUCAGUUCCUGUUUGAACUGCAGGUGGAGGACGGUCUUGGAGCUGUUGGUUACAGUAGAGAUGACAUUCCAUCGCUGGUGAAGGGAACCCUCCCUCAGGAGCGUGUCACUAAACUGUCUCCUCGUGAGCACUCUGAAGAAGACCUGAGCCAGCUGUUUGAAGCCUCCAUGAAGCUUUACUGAGUGGUGCAGUUGGUCUGGGCUGCUACAAAGGGUCCAAAUCAAUCAACCCUAACCCUUUUGAUCAGAAUGGUACUGGUAAAAUCUGAGAAUGGCAUUUGGAUCAAAAUCUGUUUGUAACACCAAAUAUGUCAGCAAGCUAGAAAAGUUCUGUGACGCUCUGUAAAUAGAAAAUGUUAUGAAAAUCAGGAAAACAGACUUUAGUUUGAUUAAAAGUUUGGAUUGUGACGUAAACCUGACCUCAUGCCUGAAAACGACCAACAGAAUAAAACCUGAGUGAAAGUUUGUGGAA